AUGACAGAUGAAGACAUCAACAUUGCUAUCUACAUCAUCGUCUUCGUCAUCAUUGUCGGCCAGUGUGCCAUCAAGGUUUACCUAUCUAAUCUCACGAAGAGAAAAAGUUACAUCACACUGGUCAUCCCAGAGAUUCUGACAGGAUUCAACAUAAAGAAACUGACAAUUAGGAAAAUAGGAAUGAAUGAGCAACAGCUCAUGUCAACAGAGUUGUUAAUUUUAAUAAAAGAGAAUAAUUCUCAUCUACAUGGCUCACUCAACAAUGAUGAUAUAAAUGUCGAUAGUACCGUGUACAUGUAUCGAGUUCUUGAUACAGACUGCCCGAGUCACUUUGUAUCUCUCAAGUUAUGCGAAAAUAGCACACACCGAACUAAUCUCAACAAGACAGCAGAUGCACAUCUAACUAAUUUCAAAAACAGUGUAACAACGAAUGGCUUGAUGAAACGUGUAGCUAAUAAUAACAUUGAUAACAGCAACAACAGCUGCAGCAUAGAAACAAGCAGUAGAAGCAACAGAGGUCAUGUAACGCAGAAUGAUAUGAUUCCAACAAAAGUUAAAAACAUAGAUAGAAAUUGUUUUGAAGAGUACGAUGACAAUCCCAACAAAAUGGAUCCGUCGGGUGAUGCACUUGAGAUGGUGAGUCUGCGAGGAGAGAGAUAUACAAAGCCUUCAGAUUUUAUCACUCCCAGACCACCACUAUCAUCUGUCAGAAACUCUCUGCUCAUCACUAAAAAAGAUUUUUCAAAACUUGAUGUAGAUUCAAUGAAAUAUGCAAGCAAGUUAUCUAACAAUAUUGAUUCUAUGAAAUCUCUCCAGAAAAAAAAAUCUAACACAACUGUGCAAUCACCAUCAUCUAGCUACUCAUCAUCAUCUGUUGAACUCAAAACGCCUUUGAACUCUUCCAUGCCUUCCUUGAUACAGCUACAAAAAUCUACGAGAACUUCAAAGUCGAACGUGAAGAAACUCGAUGGAGAAACAAGAAGUAGUGUGGCACCUACCAACAAUUACAUUGCUGCCAACGUAAACAACAAUCACAUCAGCAACCACAUUAAUAAUAUCAACGGCCUUAAUGGCAACAACAACAAUGGAACUAACAACUGUAACAACAGCAAUUCAGUCAACAGUUUUAAAGAAAUCAAAAAAUCUAAAACGAGCAGUGCAUCAAGUGAGAACAGCACAUUGAGCAGCAUCAACUGCAGCUCCGAACACCUGUCACUCACCGACCACAGCAAUUCAACAACACAAAAACACAAAAAUGAAGGAAACAACAAAUUAACUACUAGCAGACGCCAGCUACCUCAAGUUGCUUUCCCCGAAGAAAUGGUCGAGGAAAAGCGUUAUUUGCUAUCCAAGAAACUCGAGCAGCGCAUCAUCCGUCGAGUAUCGAGUCGAGAGGUGAGUGCUUUCGGAGAUGGUCAAAUAAACAGCACAAAAUCUCAAAUCUUUCAGUCAUCUCACUUCUCAGCAGUCAAACAAAAUGAGUCUGACUUUGAUUGCAAGUCGGUGACGUCAGAGGAAGUGGCGAACAUUUUGGCGGAGGCUGGUCCCAUGGGAGUUGUCGAAUCAGAUUACGAAGAACCACGAACUCCCGAUUGCCGUGAAGAUGGGGAGGAGGAAGUGAGUGCAAGUGAGGAUGAUAAUGCCGAUCUGUUUGUCAGUAAAAAGAAUAGGUUUCCAUCGCUGUUUGAUCUUAUGAAGAAUCGAAAUGUUGAGGAUUCAGAUUUUGAAGAUUUGGUUGAAACUAAUAAAUUGAAAGGCAAGUUGGUUCCUGUCAAGUGCCAAUCAAAUAAUAACUCAUUAAUCAAAACUACUGGGUUUGUUCCGUAUAGCAAAUCCCUUCAAGAAGGUUCUUUAACAUCACCAGUGAGAACCACAGAAACACCAUCAACAACAACAACAACACUAUCCCUACCAACAACAACUUCACUGAAGGCGGAUGCAUCACUCCCAGUGACAACGACAUCAACCAAACAUUUCCUCUCACUGUAUGAUCUGCUGGAUUCAAAAUUCUACCAGCUGUUUACCACGUGCCAACAUGUUCACAAAACAAACAACAACAACGACGAACGAAUCAUUCUGCCUUUUGAAAUAAUUAAUUCAACAAUAACCUUAAGCAUUAAGUCUGUUUCUACUAAUGAAGAUGAUUACGUAAAUAAUAAUGUAAAUAAUCAAAAUAAUUAUAAAGAUGUAAUAUUUUCGGUCUGUGUUGUUGGGCGAAUUUUAAACAGCAACGACAACUACAAUAAUAAUAAUAACAAUGAUACAGAUAACAAAAACACGUUCACCAACAAAACAUCCAUGAAACUAAGAAGCAUGAACAAGAACCUCCAAAAACAUUACGUACCAAGGAGUGCCACCAAAGACGAUGAAAAUAAUUUCCAACUGCAACAAUAUGACGUCAUUGUUGAGAUUAAUGGUAAAAAUGCUCUGCUUAUGGAUGCCAGCCAGUUAACAGAAGAACUAUCAUCAUCGUCGUCGUCAUCUUCGGCUUCAUCGUCGUCGUUGGCUCAUCCAGUCACUAACAACAUUUCCUUUCUUUUGGUUGUGGCCAGACGGAUUCAGCAAUGAACACACACACACACACACACACACACAACACACAUUCAUAUGUAAACACAUCACGUGAACAUUAAUUAAUGCAUUGCUUUGUUUUGUAUGCAUGCAUGCAAACAUAUAUAUACAUACGAAACGAAACGAAAUUUGAAUUAGUAACCGAAACGGAAGAAUUGUUUACAUGCUGUAAGGUUGACCAGGAUAGAAUUUGAGAGAUUUAUCGAGUCUGGUCACUCAAAAAUAAUAUCAUGUCCAGUGUCAUGUAAAAUGUUUAUGAAUAAAAAAUCUAUUAGAAUUUGUUUCAAGUGUUUUUCAAAUACGAAUACAUAGAACUUGAAAUAAAAUCCUGAACUUAAUAACUUUUUCCAAACUCUUGCUCCCACUCAAUGUAUAUCAAUACAUACAUACAUACAUGCUACUUUUUUUAAAAUGAUCGUAUGCAAACAAUGGCUUUAUCUUCAUAUACAUAGUAUGCAUUAACUAACUUUGUUUGCGCGAAUAAAAUAUAUCUCUGUUUUUA